GCUCUGCCGGCGCAGCCUCUGCUCAGUGCUGCCCCUCGCAACAAGGCGCUGUCAACUUAUUUUCAUUUCGGAAAAAACAAAACAACAAGAAUCAAAAAUAUCCCCCAGCAAUUACUCUAGUCUCAAAGACCCCUCAUCAUCUAUCCCCUGCUUUAGUCCUAUUCGGUGUCCUGUGGUGAACUGGUGCACCGGUUAGUUCUUCCAUUGUCCCAGAGCAAAUUGUGCAUAGGCUUCCACUCAAAUUUCCAGCAAUCUAUAAUUCCAGCUUUCAACUCCUCCAUCACUUGUUCCCAAGUUCACGUCUGCUCGAGUUAGUUUUUCAAUGGCGGCGCCCAGCUCCAACGCAAGCAAGUUAAGCCAAGUCCAAGCUCUUGUUGAUAUGUUGAGGACAGAUCUCCAAGAUCAUCACCUUCCUCCAGAAAAGAGAGUCAUAACCCUCGAGAAGCUUAAAGUUUUCGGGCGGGAUGUGAACCAAUCCGACCCGAUAUUCACGAUGGAAGCAAAGAUGCUAUGCAAACAUGCCUUUGAAGGGACCGACAGUAAAUCCGCCCAAGAAGCCAUGCGGUGUCUGGCAAAUGCAUUAUUGAAAGUACCCGGGACCAGGCAGAUUUUUGUUGAACUUGGGUACACAGGGCAGGCAGUGAAUAGAUACCAGAAUGAUUCACUUGAUGAAGAAUUCUUAGCAGGUCGGAUUUUGUUUCUGGUUACCUAUGCGACUGCUGAAACACCGAAAUGGCUGGAAGAGUAUAAACUCGCCAAUUACCUCAACGACGCGAUUACGAGGCAUGGAAUAAUAUACUCCAAGAUCAACAAGAAUGAACAACCAUCUGCACUUCAAGAUAUGGCGUUCACAGAAACCACAAAGCUGUUGUUCAACCUCACUCACUUUGCCCCGGAGAAAGUAGAUUUAUUCUCAAGGUCCAUUCCAACCCUCUUCAAGAUUCUCUGCAGGAGGACACUCCCCAGUCUUCCCCUUCAAUCAUCCGUAGCCCAUCUGGUCAAUGCACUUUUAAACCUCGAUCUUUCAUCUCAAGCUGGAUGCGUAUUUCCUUCUUUCGACCCCACGUGCAAUGUUGCCAGGCUUAUCGAAGUCCUUGACCUUUCUGUAGAGAGCCCAAACGAUAAUCGUAACAAUCAACGUAACCAGCUAUUCAAUGAAGCAGGGGCCCCACUAGUAACAUUAUUGAGAAAAGUCUUUGAAAUCUCCUCCGAUCAAGCCAAAAAGUACAUGCGGAUACGAUUGCUACCCUCUGAUGAAGAACGUAAGAACCCACGAGGGAAAGAUGAUUCAUUGGCGUCUCGCCUAUUACAACUGUCCACUUCUGCAGCAGCUUUGAAUAUCCGUCAACACCUUGCCUCGAUGCUGUUUGAGGUUUCCAAUUCAAACCCUGAGGAAUUUGUCCGUAACGUUGGAUAUGGCUACGCCUCGGGGCUCCUUCUCAGUGCUGGUGUAGAACUUCCCCAGUCAGCUUUAGAAAGCCUCUCUGCUUCCUCAGACUCCUCUGGGCGGCUUUUCAACCCAAUUACGGGCCAGGCAUUGGAUAGUGAGCCAGAGACAAAAGACCCCUUUAGCGAGAUGACGGACGAAGAAAAGGAACGGGAGGCAGAGCGAUUGUUUAUAUUAUUUGAGAGAUUGAAACAGACAGGUGUCGUGGACAUCCAAAACCCUGUGGAAAAAGCUCUCCAUGAAGGUCGAUUCGAAGAGCUGGAUUGAAAGCUGCGAAUGCCUUUUUCGUUAGAAUUCCUACAUGUUCAGGCUACGAUCAUAUCCGAGAAAUGUUGAUUUUGAGUUGGAGGGCUUCCGGUUGCCGCCAGGGCAGAUCGUCAGUUCCGGUGUAUCGAUUCCGAUGGGAACGUAAAUAUUUGCUUCCUUGACUUCUAGCGAGGAACUUUUUUGAGCAAAAUUCAAACGUUAUAUUGUGGAUUCGU